CCCGGCGAUUUAACAGAGGUGAAACCGCACGUGCGAGUUGCAUCACUAAAGAUUUCUCUCCUCAGAAAGGUUACAACAAAUCGCCGCAAUGUCGUGGCUGUUCGGAGUUAAGAAGGACCAGUACCCACAGGACUUUACCCAGUUCGCGAACCCCCCACCCCCUCCGGACGAUAAGGGGAAGGGGUCGUCGGACAGUUCGGAAGGCGGCGGCGGUGGUGGGGGAGGGGGAGGGUGGAAGUUCGACCCGACGGGACUCGAACGAGCGGCGACCGCGGCACGAGAGCUGGACAAGUCCGUCAAUGCUAAAGAGGCUCUUCAGCUGGCUCGCAUGCAGGAAGAGACAAAACAGUUGGAGCAGCAGAAGGAAAUUAAACAAUAUGAGGCAGCUGUGGAGCAGGCCAGGAUCCAGGGGAAACAGGUGGAGGGGGAGGAGAGGAGGAAAACUAUGGCAGCCGAGACUAAACAACAUCAGGAGCGAGCACAGUACCAGGACCAGCUGGCCCGUCGGCGCUACGAUGAUCAGCUGAUUCAGCAGAAGAGGAUGCAGGAAGAACAGCUGGCCAGACAGGAGGAGUCUGUCAAGAAACAGGAGGCCAUGAGGAAAGCUACGAUGGAAUACGAAGCCCAGCUCCGUCUGCAAAACGACAUGAAGAAAAUCGAAGCAGAGACGACAGCGAAGGCGAAAGCAGACCGCGAGAACCAGGACCUGAACCUGGAGCAGAUCAGACUAAAGGCCUCCGAACACAGAACUACAGUCAUGGAGGGCAUCAAAACUGCAGGUGCAGUAUUGGGGGAUGGCUUCAAGGCUUUUAUCGCCGAUUGGGACAAAGUUUCAGCCACAGUUGCAGGUCUGACAUUACUAGCAGUAGGUGUAUAUUCAGCCCGAGGUGCGACCGGGGUAGCAGCGCGGUACAUCGAGGCCAGACUAGGGAAACCUGCACUCGUCAGGGAGACCUCCAGAAUAAGUGUCUUCGAGGGACUCAGACAUCCAAUCACGACAGUUAAAAGAUUGAUGACCAAACCAGAGGAUGCACUGGAGGGAAUUGUCUUCAAUCCGUCCUUGGAAUCUCGUGUCCGAGAUAUCGCCAUAGCAACCAGAAACACGAAGGCAAACCGCGGUGUGUACAGAAACAUCCUGUUCCACGGACCCCCUGGUACAGGCAAGACCAUGUUCGCAAAGAGCUUAGCGUUGCAUUCUGGGAUGGACUAUGCCAUUAUGACAGGAGGGGACGUAGCUCCGAUGGGUCGGGAGGGGGUGACAGCCAUGCACAAAGUGUUCGACUGGGCAGGCACCAGCAGAAGGGGGCUACUGCUGUUUGUGGACGAGUCUGAUGCAUUCCUCAGGAAAAGGGCCACAGAGAAGAUCAGUGAAGAUCUCCGUAGCACACUUAAUGCAUUCCUGUACCGAACCGGCGAACAGUCGAGAAAGUUCAUGUUGGUCCUGGCCAGUAACCAGCCUGAGCAGCUGGACUGGGCGAUUAACGACCGUCUGGAUGAGAUAGUUCUGUUUGACCUGCCUGGUCUGGAGGAGCGGGAACGGCUGGUCAGGCUGUACUUCGACAAGUACGUCCUGCAGCCCGCUGCUGAGGGCAGGGGGAGGAGAAUAAAGGUGGCAGACUUUGACUACGGUGCCAAGUGUUCGGAGAUCGCCAGAACUGUGGAGGGAUUGUCUGGCAGGGAGAUCGCCAAACUGGGGGUGGCCUGGCAGGCCACAGCCUAUGCCUCUGAAGACGGUGUUCUCGGUGAAGACCUGAUCGACGCUCGUGUCCAGGACGCGGUGGUCGCACACAGGCAGAAGAUGGAGUGGCUCCAGACACAGACCCCAGAGUCUGCCGGCAGCCCUCCUCCCGCAAAGUCAGCACCUGGUCCUCGGGAAGGGAGCAAGUAUUGAUGUCUCUUUCUCUCUUAAGUGUUGUCAAACUUUUACUCUUGAGAAGUUCAAAAAGGAGCAGAGAGCUCACAUUUUUAGGACCAACUCUUUACUUAGAGAAGGAAAUUAUUUGCUUAGACAUCCAGGUAAUGAGAUACACAAGAAAACAGUUACUCAUCAAACAACUUGAUAGAUUUUAAAAACUGUCAGAUGUUUCAAGUAGCGUCCACUUCAGUGACUGACGAAAAAUUGGGAAUGCUGCUUUGGAACUUCACAGAAUCUAAAAGAUCUGCUUGAAAAAUUGCGGAAGUGGAAGCUUCCAUUUCUAAACUCUGCUCCUGCCAGAACUUUGGAAAGAGAGUGGUUGUCCUUCUAUGUGCAAAGUUUUAUAGAAAGUUUGUCAUGAGAGUGGAUGUACGUGUGAAAACUAUAAUGACAGACAGAAGGUACUUAGGGUCUGACAGUGUCAUAAUAACUACAAUCUUCAGUCUACAUGCCAAUGAUUUAAACUACCUUUUUGUAAAGCAUCUAAAAUCAAAGACUAUAUUGUAAAUGAGAUGUUGGAGUGCAAUAUUAACUUCUGACUACUUCAGAGGUAGUAGUCAGAAUGCACUUUUUCAUUUAUCAUGUUACUGAUAAGUAACUUCUGUGAAUACUUUCAUCAGGUUGGUAAGACACAUGAGUAAAGAGACAACCAAGUCUUUUAUUCAGCCGACAU